GGUAAAACACAUCGAGGCCUCUAAUGUGUGAAAAGCCCAAAGAUGCCCUAAACCCCAUCUCUCCCCAUUUUCACUUUAGAACUAAAACCCUAAUAACUCAUCAAUCUCAACCACCUCUGCUCCAUUCCUUCUUCCUCUGGCCGUCAAAGGCAAUAAUCAGCAACCAUGUUAAAGGUGAAAGCACCAGUGAAACCAAGAAUCAAGCGUGCCCUUGAGAAAAGAGCUCCAAAACUUAUUGAAACUGGGAAGAAGACUUUGAUACUUCAAGGUACAAAGACGAGUAGUGUGUUGAAUUCUGUGUUGACAGAUUUAUUUCAUUUAAAGAAAGGGAAUGCUAUUCGAUAUACUCGCAAGAAUGAAAAUAUUAGGCCUUUUGAGAGUGGUGGUGAAACUUCCUUGGAAUUCUUUUCUCAGAAAACAGAUUGCAGCAUUUUUGUGUAUGCUUCCACGUCAAAGAAACGGCCUGAUAAUCUUGUGAUUGGGCGAACAUAUGAUUUUCACAUAUAUGACCUUAUAGAAGUAGGGGUUGAAAAUUUGAAGACCAUGUCAUCAUUCAAAUAUGAUAAGAAAGCAGCUCCACAUGUAGGGUCUAAACCUUUCAUUGCUUUCGUUGGAGAAGGAUUUGAAAGUGUAGAUGAGUUGAAACAUUUGAAGGAGGUCUUGCUUGAUCUCUUGCGAGGAGAGGUUGUGGAAAAUUUGAAUCUUGCUGGUUUAGAUCGUGUAUAUGUGUGUACAGCUACAUCUUCGAAUCGUGUGUUUCUGACUCACUGUGCAAUACGCCUAAAAAAGUCCGGUACAGUAGUCCCUCGGAUUGAACUGGUUGAAAUCGGCCCUUCCAUGGAUUUGGUAGUUCGUCGAAAUCGACUUCCCAGUGAAAGCCUAAGGAAAGAAGCUAUGAAAACAGCUAUAGAUAAGCCUAAGAAGAAGAUUAAAAAUGUUAGUGCCGACGCCUUACAUGGCACACUUGGAAAGAUUUAUAUUCCUGAUCAGAAGCUUGGAGAAAUGCAACUACUUAACAAAUCAAAAGGUGUGAAGAGAGAGCGCCGAGAAGCCAAGAUGAAUCGGAACAGCGAGCAUGCAUCAAAAAAGCAGAAGGAAGAUUCUACAUAAAUUAUUUUGACGUACAACCAGCUUCUGCUCUAAUUCGUCGUUUUUUGUUUUUGUUUUUAAGUUGGUGCAAAUCUCAAAUGGAAAUUGAAGGGAGAAAUACAAAUGUAAGAGUCAUGAGAUGUCUGUUAUUCUUUCUUCACUAUAGAUAUACUGCCUGUGAAACAAAUGCCAAGAAUACCAAUUGCAGAUUUUAGUUUUGGGCAUGUGUAUUGCAAAUUCAGAAUUAUUUUAGAGUUUUUAUUUCAACUAUUUCACAA